UAUUACAGUCAGGCUGCUUGUAACGGGGUAGCAAAGUAAACUUAACGUCAACUCCAGAACUUUGCAGAAGUCGAGCAGCGGGCUAGCAGCUAGUUUUAUUUGUUCGGAAAAGAUGAGCAUGAUUCUGCACGCACUGGGGAUGUGAAAGUUAAAAUGCCACCAUGGCGAAGGGUGUCAGCAGUGCCAGUCGGAGUGUGCCAGUGGUGCUGGUGUGCCUGGGCGCGCUGCUGUUCGCCAACGUCCUCAUCUACUUCUACAUAGAGUCCUUGUACCAGAGCAGUGAGACCCACGUCUCUCUCCAUGGCAACUGCCCACCUGGGCACUUCAAAAUGGGUGUCAUGAAGAACUGCUCUCCCUGGCUGCAGUGCCCAGCUGUUCGCAAGGAGGUGCGCAAGCUGAAGAUGAUCGGCCAGGGUGCUGUGAAGCAGGUAUUCCUCUCUGAAUGGAAGGGCCACAAGGUGGCAAUGUCUAAGCUGUCAACGCCCAAGUACGAAGAUGACUUUCUGCAUGGACUGGCCAUGCUUCAGGCCCUCCAGGGUCCCCACGUGGUGCUGCUAGUGGGGCUCUGUCCAGAGGACCACACCUUCAUCACCGAGUACCAUCCCCUGGGCUCGCUGCUCAACCUGGACUCUGUGCUGGCACAGGAGAGGUACCGCAGGCUGGACACCUGGCAGACGCGGCUCCGACUGGCCCUGGAGUACGUCUCCGCGGUGCAUUACCUGCACAACAGCCCUGUCGGCACCCGCGUCAUGUGCGACUCCAACGACCUGGAGAAGACCCUCUCACAGUUCUUGCUGACCAGCGACUUCCACCUGGUGGCCAACGACCUGGACGCGCUGCCCGCCGUGGACCAGGCCAAGGGCAGGCUGGUGAAAUGCGGCGGCCGGGAGCUCCACGGCGACUUCGUGGCCCCCGAGCAGCUGUGGCCGCAUGGCGACAGCGCACCGUUCUCCGACGAGCUCAUGCCCGGGUACGACGAGAAGACGGACGUGUGGAAGAUCCCGGACGUGGCGCGCUUCCUGCUGGGGAGGGUGCCGGGGGGCGACCUGGCACACUUCCACCUCUUUCAGAUCCACGGGGAGUGCAAGAGGAGGGACCCCACCCUGAGGCCCACUGCACGGGCUGUCCUGGGCAUAUACAGAACAGUCUAUGCCAACAUGAUGAAGGACAAUCCCAGCCCCAGUUCCAGGGACAUGCUGUGACUCCCCCUGAACUGUGAUUUGUGACUCUACUGUAACA